UUAUUGAGUCAUUCCUCCGAAUCACCUUAUUUCCAUAAUCUUCCCAAACUAAAACAGGUUUUUUUUCUUCUGAGAAAGAUAUUUUGGGUGUUAUAGAUAAACCUCGGAUAAACCCUUCCUGGGACGAAGAGAGCAGUAAGAAAUUACUCCAAACAUAGAAGAGGAAGAAAUGGACAUGAGCGUGGAGAACUCGGACUCGGAGACAGAUAUUGAACUUCUCUUUCAAACUCGAUUGAAUGCUGAAGCAAAGUACUCACUUAAUCCCAAUGACACCCAGAAUUUAACACAAUGGGGCAUGGCAUUGCUACAGUUAGCACAAUAUGGAACCCUCCAGGACUCGAAGAAAAUGGUUAAAGAGGCUAUUUCGAAGCUAGAGGAGGUUGCAAAAAUUGAUUCACGAAAGCAUGAAGCGUUGUGGCAUCUUGGGAAAGCACACAGUGCUGAAGCAUUUUUGACAUCUGACUCCAUUGAGACACUGAGUAACUUUGAGAAGGCAGAUCUGUAUUUUCAAAAAGCAUUAGAUGAGGAUCCCAGGAAUGAGAUGUACCGCAAAUCUAUGGAGGCCAAUGCUCAGGCAAUGCUAUUGCAUAUGAAGCUCCAACUAGGGACGGUUCAGCAGGCUUCUGGUGGAUCUUCAACUUCUUUCAAUGCAAAGAGCCCUGCUAUGAAGGCGAAUCACGAUCUGAUGUACGAUGUCUUUGGGUGGGUACUUCUUGGUGCUGGAAUUGUGGCAUGGCUAGGAAUGGCAAAAUCUCAGGCCCAUCUAUGUACACCAAGCCUUGAUGAAUAAAUAGCCAGUCACGUGAUUUCCAGAUCAGUUUCUGGCCUUACCCGACGGCAUCAACUGGGUAUGUGUGUCUGUGGUGGUUGGCGGGGUUUGGUGCUAUCCUGCAUGAGAGGAGGAAGAAUCUGAAAGGUUACUUCACCUUUGAUGUUCACACGUCAACCCAAAAAAUUGCUAGCUACAAUCGACAGAAUUGGGUUCUCUUCAUAUCCCUAAAGGCUAAAGAGAUUCUAUUAACUGACACACUAUUCUUAUUAGUCCGUUUAGAAACAAUUUAACUUUAAACUUUUUAUUUUAUCCACUUUGCCCUUACUGGGAUGUUUUUAUAGCCACACAAAUAUUACGGCA